CCACUAUCACCAAGAUUUUAUGCAAGAAAUGACUAAGUUUGUGGCACACAGUCUUCUAACCUCAAUUUUCUUCAACAAAAUUUUCACCCGUGGCCAAUAUAAAUUUCUUUGAAAGUGAUACCCCUUCCCUCUCCUCGUCUAUAUAUUUGAACUCUCACUCUCCGUUUUUUAUCACCCACAAAACUCAUAUUAUUUCUCUCUAGAACAAACCUCCGAUGGCUUCUAUGAAUUCCCUCAAUGUCUCCAACUUUCAAGCUGCCGUAAGGGUGACAGAAGAAACUGUUCACCUAGAAGCCAUGGACAAAAGCAGCUUUAAAGAUGCAAACCGCAAAACUUCAGGCACAAGUAAGAAAACCCUUGUCAAGAAGAGAAGAGGUGGGUGGAAGUAUGCAGCCCUUUUGCUUGCUAAUCAGGGCUUGGCAACUUUGGCCUUCUUUGGAGUUGGUGUCAACUUGGUCCUCUUCUUAACCAGAGUUCUUGGUCAAGAUAAUGCUGAUGCUGCAAAUAAUGUCAGCAAGUGGACUGGAACUGUUUAUAUGUGCUCCCUUAUUGGUGCUUUUUUAAGCGAUUCUUAUUGGGGUCGUUACUUGACUUGCGCAAUUUUUCAGAUCAUAUUUGUUUUGGGUCUCGGUCUGUUAUCGGCAUCGUCUUUCUUCUUGAUCAAGCCGCACGGUUGCGGCAAUGGCGAGCUAGCUUGCAUGCCGGUUUCAUCGAUCUAUUCUAUUGUUUUUUACUUUUCGAUAUAUUUGGUAGCCUUUGGAUAUGGUGGACAUCAACCCACAAUAGCCACUUUUGGUGCCGACCAGUUUGAUGAAUCAAACCCUAAAGAAAUGGAAUCAAAAGCUGCUUUCUUUUGCUACUUCUACUUUGCACUGAAUGUUGGUUCUCUAUUUUCAAACACCAUUUUGGUGUAUUUUGAAGAUUCAGGGAAAUGGACUCUAGGGUUCAUUGCUUCCUUGGCUUCUGCAGUUUUAGCUCUCGUUUCGUACUUGAUGGGGAGCUCCGGUUACCGGUAUCUCGAGGCGUGCGGCAAUCCGUUAACACGUGUCGCUCAGGUGUUCUUCGCCACCGGGAGGAAACGGCACGUUCCUGCUGCUAAUCCUAAUGAAUUGUAUGAACUUGCAGGAACCGAAUCUGCCAUUAAAGGAAGUAGAAAGAUCCUUCACAGUGAAGACUUUCAAUUUUUUGACAAGGCAGCAACAAUAACAGAGGAUGAUCUCCGAGGACCAAAUGAUCCAUGGAGACUUUGCACUGUAACUCAAGUUGAAGAAGCCAAAUGUGUCCUCAAAAUGUUACCCAUUUGGCUCUGUACCAUAAUUUACUCUGUAGUUUUCACCCAAAUGGCUUCCCUCUUUGUUGAACAAGGAGAUGUAAUGAACUCAAACAUCGGAAAUUUCCACCUCCCAGCUGCAAGCAUGUCCGCCUUCGACAUCUGCAGCGUCCUCAUUUCCACCGGAAUCUACCGCCAGAUCCUCGUCCCCAUCGCUCGAAAACUUACCCGAAAUCCCCGAGGACUCUCCGAGCUUCAAAGAAUGGGAAUCGGACUCAUCAUUGGAACGUUAGCGAUGGUUGCAGCCGGUGUCACAGAAAUCCAAAGGCUCAAAUGUGUAACUCCUGGAGAAAAGACAAGUUCUUUAAGCAUUUUCUGGCAAAUUCCUCAGUAUGUUCUUGUUGGUGCAUCAGAAGUUUUCAUGUAUGUAGGGCAGUUGGAAUUCUUCAACGGACAAGCUCCGGAUGGGAUCAAAUCCUUUGGGAGUUCGCUGUGCAUGGCGUCCAUUUCGCUCGGGAAUUAUGUGAGCACCUUGCUGGUGAACAUAGUGAUGGGGAUCACGGCGAGGGGCAGCAGCCCCGGGUGGAUUCCGGAUGACUUGAACACAGGCCAUAUGGACAGAUUUUACUUUCUCAUUGCGGCGCUUACGGCCGUUGAUUUUAUGAUUUACUUGUUUUGUGCUAAGUGGUACAAGUGCAUAAAUCUUGAAGGGGAUGAGAAGGAAUUCAUUCAGCAGGAAGAAGCUCAAGAAGAUGAGGUGAUUAGAAAAGUUUAAGUGAUUAAUGUUUGGUUGUUUAGCUUGUUUUUAGAAUUAGUGGUUAAUAAUAAAUGCAUUAGAAUAUGAUCGAUGCUCACGAUCAGGAAAGCUUGACCUCUAAUUAGUGAAAGUUGAAGGUCAGAGAAACGCGUGAAAUUAAAUUUGAGUAUCAAUGACCAUGUAAUUAGGUAGACUUGUUAAUUUGUGUUAUUGGAUCAUAUUUAUGUUGUAUUAAUUAAUAUUUUAGUUGAA